AUUGCCUUUAAAUUUCACGUCUGUGAGGGGAAACUCACAAGAUCCUUUCGGUGAGGAAACACGAUGCGUUUUUUAUGUGUACUUAACUUUUUUAUGGAUGCCGAAUCCAUUAUUUUCCUUAGGCAGUUUGUCUACAAACCCUUAUUAUGACCGCAACACGUGAUCCCUACGAUCAACAUAAUGUUGCAAAACAGAUGGCUGGUCGAGAGAAUUAUAAACAUGCAAAAUGAAGUUGAAUGCAAAGUGGCGAAAAUCCUGUUGUGGUUUGUUAUGAGGACCAAACACGAUUGAAAGCUCAAAUUUGAGAGGAAAAUCAUCGUUCGCUGCAUAUUAAAAGCAAUGAACACCAGAUCGCAAAUACCCAGAGGAAACAAACUAUUCCUGCCGAAAAUUGAAUAUGCAAAGCUCUCAGAAGAGAGGUCGUUUCGCGGAGAAAGACCCAACGUUCAGCCAACUCUUGCUGCAGACGAAAAGAGCAAUGCGGUGUUUGAGAAUGGCGAAAAAAUUCCACUGCUGAAUCGCGACUACAGCAUGGGUUCGUUCACGCGAUUUUCAGUGUUGCCACCUAUAAAGGACACUGUUAGGAACGGGAGAAGAAUGAGUCGAUCGCGUAGAUACUCGUCUGGUAUUUCGUUCGUGUCAUCAAACGGGCCAAGUCUUAACCAGGAGGCAAAUAAAAAAGGUGACGACGCCAGAUUACAUAAAUACGCCGAAUUCUCCAAUGUGCUGGUUCAGCAAAGAAGAGAUUCGAAUGUAGAUGGAAAAAAUCUUCAAGUUGUUGGUACACCUUAUGCGAGAGCAAAACGCGGUGAAACUCGCGAAACGGGUCAACCGCAAUUUACAGCGAGACCACCUCAGCGAUCGUUCAGUAGCCCGGUCUCGUCCGCGAAAUCAAGUUGUAAAGGUUGUCAAACACUUUUGAGAAGACAGCGUUCUAAAACUGAGGGUGAAAAACUUAGCAUUGAUCCCGAGAACUCGAAUAUGGAUGCUCUGGUCCAUACUUGUAACAAAAGGGAAGAAUUCCCAGGACAAAUUCUGACAAGAAUAAACUCGGGCAACAUAGAUUCACAAAACGACAAUCGCCCGCAGGAAAAGUAUGAUAACAGACAACCAUCAGGGCGAAGAAAAGAUUCAACUUUAACCUCAAAACAAUCAGGAAGUGCCAGUUUAUUGACUGCAAGUUUUCCUAAUGGGAGACGACCUGUAAGCCGAUGCGAGAUAAGCGUCGAUGUGAACCAACCGCUUACAGCGGAACAACAAACUCCGCUAAUGGAUCCGCAACAAAAUAUUUCGCUGGUUUCCUUACGGGUCGAAGCGCCCGAAAUAGAUUCGACCGAGCAAAGCGACCAAGGGGACAGAACUGCCCUGCCGCCCCAAGGAACACCUCAGAUUCAGAUUUUAAUCGAUUCGAUCGAAAACGCAAGAGAAGAACUUCCUCAGGCUGGCAGUGAAGUGCCGUAUACUUCGCUGAGAGAGAAAAGGAGACGAUCUGCUCUUUGCAGAAAUAAUUCGAAACAAGUGGACGAUUUUCUUCUCGUUCAUAAUCUUCGAGAUCUGGGUUUACUCUGAGAGAAUUAGCCGAGCUAAUCCCCCUAAGCUGAUCAUACGACUGCAAGUGUUUCAUAUUUUGGGACUGUCGGUUGCCAUGAAACACUUACAAACCGAGAAAUAAGACUUGAUUAGCCCGGCAAGACAGGUGACAUGGAAUUUUCAUUAAAUUUAACUCACGCGUACACAAAAUGAAGCAAAAAUAUUGUAUUUUCGAACAAGGAGACCUGAUGCGAUGCACCCCGCUGGUUUUCGAAGCGAUGUAUUUUAAAGAGAAACAUUUGUUUCCUUUGAAAGCGUGUUCAGAAGAUUUAUGACUACAAUUCAUCAAGCGUAGAUAAGUGUCCAACUAUAAAUUAUUCAUAUUAUUUAAGUAAACUUUUCACACUAUGUUCACUACCUGUGACAUCAGCAGAAAUGAAAAAAUAAGAUGUCCGGCUGUUCAAACAGUUGCAUACUUAAUUUUCAUUGAAGACUGAAAAUAGUACACCUUCUUGCGUUGCCAGUACUUUUUGUCGUUUUUUUCGAAAUUUCUUUUCGCGGCAGGGGAGCAGUAGCCAAGAACCUUUCCCUCUUUCCGAUCACUUAUGACGUAUUUCUCAUCAAACUUUCAAUUUGAGAUGACCAUUAGAAAGAGUAACAUAUGACGUCUUUCAUUAGCUCUUAAACUCGCAAAACAACGUUUUGGCUUCAAAAAUCCUUACCUUGUCCUCGAUACGCCUGAAACAUUUCUAUUUUAAUUUCCUUAGGCCAUCAUGUUUCAUUUUCUUGGUCUUUUUAACCCUUAUAAAACUUGUAUCUUUAGUUGUAUGACGUAAAUUAGUCAGUUCGUUAGAUCUGUCGAUUGCUCAGAUGUUAAACUAAUAUUUCACUUCAAGUAGAGGCAGCUAAGAUCUAAGUUUUGUUUAAUUAUUCACGAGCGUAUCAUCGAGAACUGCUUUUUUCUAGAGUCCGGACUAACUGGCUAACGAAUUUACUAAGUUAUCAUUCACUGUCCCAUAUUAAAAGUACUUUAUAAAGAGCUCCUUUUAUUUACAGAGGAUGCGCCGACUUCAAUAUAUAGACGUCUGAAGCUUCCGAUCUAAAGCAGAAAGGACAAUCAUUAAUGGCUUUGGUAAUAUUAGUUGGGAGUUUACGCAAAUCGUUUGUCUGUCAAAUAUUCGGCAAGACUGCUAAAUCGUAUCGUAAAUGAGGAACGUUUACACAAAUAACCUGACAAGCUGGUGAAUUAUCUUAUCAGAAAAGGGUCAUGCAAAGAAAAAAAACAAAACAAAAAAUAUUUUAAACAUCAACCUAAAAAGUGGAAACAGUUUUCGUUUUGUAGGAGGCACAGGCACAUAAACAAGAAAAGAUUUACCUUUUUUCACCGAAAGAUAUUUUUCCUAUUGGAAAGAAAAAAAAAUACUUAAAUUUAACAAAGCGAUAACGCUCAUUCUUGCAACAGCAGGUGCAACUGAAAUUUUCCCGAAAUUAAAAUAAAAGGCAGUUUAAUUUUACGUUCUCUAUGACCAAGGAGUUUUCCCAAUCAAUUGCUGUGAAAAAUUGAUUUACGUGAUUUCAUCAACUGCUCUGACGAUCUGCCGAAUUCAAGGCUCUUGUUCUUGUUCUCUACCUCUUGAGUUGAUAUUUUAUGAAGCUUCGCAAUUUUACAAUUUAAAUUGAUUUCCCUAGCAGCGACAACCUACGCGCCCAGACCGUCUUCUGUUUCCUUUGAAAAAGCGGGAAAAGCGCUGAAGGACAUAGAAUUCUACACGGAGUCUGUACAUAGUUGAGACAAAUUGAAGAGCCUGUAAAGGCUCUGUAAAGUGAACAGCUGCCAUUAACAAAGUAAUUACUUUGCAACAGAAAAGGUUAUAUUUAACAAUCAUUCACCGAAGGCAGAGUGAAUAUUGGUGAAUAUUUACUUGCAUGUUUACCGCUCGCGCCCCCUGGACCAAACAUCAGAGCUUGCUGGCGAGCUAAGGUGGCCAGCUUUACGGUAACCAAUCUUAGAAAUGUUACAUUCAUUGCCUAGCGCGGUGAAUGUAGCGUCAUAAGCCGAGCUUGUUUGACGAAUCAGU